CCCGGUGCUUGCUCCUUUCUCCUCCCUCCUUAUCCUCCCCUGCUAUCUAGUAGCAUCCUGCUGGAGACUUAGUCCCUGCGCCACUUAUUACUCUCAUCAUAUCUCCGCACACCUCUCGACUCCGUCCUCCCCCUCAGCCUCGUGCUUGCUGGGUUCCCGCCGCCCCCCGGUUACCGCAUCCCGGACGCCGAUCUCGCUGGUCUACGGUAGUAACACCACAAUCCCCCCCGCAUGGGCGAGAGCUUCAAUUGACAAUGUCCUCGUCCGGGCUGGAUAUCGCCGAGCUCUCUGACAGCGAGAGAUCGGCCCUUGAGACCUAUACUGCUGUCACUGGCCAGGAGCACUCUGAGGCAAUUCCUUUGUUGCGCCGCUCCCAAUGGAACGUGCAGAUUGCAAUCUCCAAGUUCUUUGACGGUGAAGGACCGGACCCCGUGGAAGAAGCUCGUGCCGCGCUCGAUACCCCUCCCCCGCGACCCAGCCGGCAGACCCAAAACCUUCUGAGCGAUGACAUUGCUGCGCAGUUUGCCCCUAAUACCACCCGUUCGGCGGAGCCGGCACCCCGGAUAUCCACUCAGUCGGGGGAUCAAUCGGUCUACAGGCCGCCUUUCAUACUAGCUAUUCUGUUUACACCAUUCAACCUUCUCUACCGGAUACUGUACAGCUCCUUCCGCCUAUUUGGUACCCUCUUCCCGUUCCUCCCUCGAUUAUUCAACACGACCGCAAACCCGGCGCUGCAGGGGUCUCGGCGAAAUACCAAUGGCCGCCGGCCCUUGGGCCCGAAAGACACCGCCGCCCGCUUCAUUCGCGAAUUCGAGGAGGAAUAUGGCUCCAAUUCGAUCGGGUUCCUCGAGAACGGAUACAACAUGGCUUUGGAAAUGGCUCACCGGGAUCUCAAGCUCCUCUUGAUUGUCCUUCUUGCCCCCGAACAUGAUGAUACGAAUGGCUGGGUUCGAGACACGCUUCUUUCCCGGGAAGUGACGGCCUUCAUCAACGAGCCACAGAACGGCAUACUGGUCUGGGGAGGAAAUGUCCAAGAUUCCGAGGCGUACCAGGUUUCCAAUUCCCUCCGGUGCACUAAAUUCCCCUUCGCUGCAGCGAUAGUACACUCACCCGGUGUGUCUUCCUCGGCCAUGUCGGUGGUCUCGAGGAUAUCCGGCACGACAUCCCCGGCGGAAUUUGUAGAGAAGCUCCGGUCAGCUAUCUCUCAGAACCAAGAACCUCUCGAGCGGAUCCGGGCCACGCGGGCUGAACAACAGGCCUCGCGCAGCCUCCGGGAGCAACAGGACUCGGCCUACGAGCGCUCACUGGCGAUUGAUCGGGAGCGCGCGAGGCAGAGGCGGGAGGCGGAAGCGGCCCGACAGAGAGAAGAGCAGGAGGCGGCUGAGCGUCAAGCGGCUGAAGAGAAGCGGAUCCACGACCUCCAGCAAUGGAAACAAUGGCGGUCACAGUCCAUCUCGGAAGAGCCAGGCCAGGAGGUCAAGGAUGCCGUUCGCAUCAGCGUUCGACUGCCUUCUGGGGAACGUGUGAUCCGUAAGUUUGCACCGGAGGCCUCUCUUGAUGAGCUCUACGCGUUUGUCGAAUGCUACGAUAUCCUGAAAGAGCCAUCGGAGAAGGCUGCCGCUGCAGAGAAACCGGAGGGGUUCGAACAUCAGUAUGGGUUCCGACUGGUUUCACCCAUGCCGCGGGUUGUGUACGAAGUGGAUGCUGGGGGCUCCAUUCGGGACAAGAUCGGCCGAGGAGGGAAUCUUCUGGUCGAGCCGAUCGAUGACGAAAGCGACGAGGAGGACGAGGAAGAGUCGUAAGAGACGAGGGCGUACAUGUACUUGUAUCGAUCAACAUCAUGACUGUAUGGCAGAGAAUGGACCUGCUCGGAAAUGGCUCGCCAAAAUUUCCUCAGGCCUACUACUAAAUAAUAUGAAUCAAU